AUGAAGAUUACAUUGCCAUCCGUCUAUAUUAUUUUCAUGAUAUUUGUUGUACCUUUUAUGAGCAUUUUUGGGGGUUUGGCAGCAGCACAAGCUCCAACGGACACAUUUGUUACGACCACGUAUGUUCCCACGGCUAUGAUUUCAACAACUUCUUCAAGUGAUGUUGCCACCACCACGGACAUCACAUCAUCUCAAAUCGUUUCGCCAACUUAUACAGAUACCUUUACGCGAACUUCUUCUACUCAAACUCAUAUGGCAACUAGUCCAACCACCACAAUUUCUGAUAAACCUACUCAAACUGCUGGUGCUUCAAUCAUGAAAUGGGAUGUUUAUCAAACCGCCCUUGGUGCUGCUUGUGGUGUCGCCGUUUUUUUCAUUGCUAUGGCUUAA